AGAUGGCGUCUGACGGUGAAGACGUUAUUGCAGUCGUCACAGUUCAGUGUUCUUAAUCUGUGCGUCCAUGUACACAUAUAUGUCCUUUAUUACACUCUAUUAAAUAGAGUAAACAUCGUUAAUAACUGUUCGCAUCCGGUUAUAUUAGUCUGAGCGCACUUUGACGCUUCUCGAGCUAGCUUAGCCUGCUAGUUAGCUUAGCUUGUUAGCCGCUAACAAAGAGAGGCGGAAGUGAUGAAAACACAUCGCUAAGCAGAGAUCAAGUGUGAGUGUAAAGUGUUGUGAUUGUGUGAAAAUGUGCGAAAGAACGAUAGCAGAGUACGAGGAGGAACUUUGUCCAACAAAAGAGGAGAAGGAGCGACAACAUGAAAAACAUCAAGUUGUGUUACACAGAACAGACGUCUGGGAAGAACAUCUUCACCCUGAGCAACAGAAGUGGAGCUUCAGGAUGGAGCCACAGCCCUCCCACAUUAAAAAGGAAGAGGAACACCCACUGAUCCCCCAUUUUAAAGAGGAAGAGGAGGACCCACUGAACACUCACAUCAAAGAGGAAGAGGAGGACCCACUGAUCCCCCAUUUUAAAAAGGAAGAGGAGGACCCACUGAUCCCCCAUUUUAAAGAGGAAGAGAAGGACCCACUGACACCCCAUUUUAAAAAGGAAGCCGUGGAUCCACUGAGUCCUCACAUUAAGGAGGAAAAGGAAGACCCCCGGACCCCUCACAUUAAAGAGGAAGAGGAGGAACACAGCAUCAGUCAGCAGGGAGAGCAUCUUGAAGGACUGGAGGAGGUUGAUGUCACCAAGAUGCCAGUGACUGGUGUCCCUGUGAAGAGUGAAGGUGAUGAGGUCAAAGGUGAGAGUGAGGAGAAGAGAGAGGCGGAGCCUCCAAGCAGCAGCUCAACUCAACACAUGACAACAGAAGCUGAUGGAGACCACUGUGGAGGAUCACAAGCAGACAAGCUCUUAGCUCCACUAUCAGAUAGUGAGGACACAACGUCACACUCUCCUGACACUGAUGAUGAAGACUCUAAAGAUGAUAAGACAUGUCACACUGACAACACACACUUCACAUGUUCUCACUGUGACAAAACUUUUAAAACUCCUAGUAAAUUGAAAAGUCACAUGAGAACACACACUGGAGAAAAACCUUUUUCCUGCUCAGAAUGUGGUAAAAGUUUUGGAACAAAUUAUAAUUUAAAAGUACACAUGAGAUCACACACUGGAGAAAAACCUUUUUCAUGUUCAAUCUGCGGUAAAGAUUUUACUCAAAAGCAGCAUUUCAAAGCACACAUGAGAAUACACCCUGGAGGAAAACCUUUUUCAUGUUCAAUCUGUGGUAAAGAUUUUAAUCAAAGGGAUCAUUUGAAAAGACACAUGAGAACACACACUGGAGAAAAACCUUUUUCCUGCUCAGAAUGUGGUAAAAGUUUUGGAACAAAUUAUAAUUUAAAAGUACACAUGAGAACACACACUGGAGAAAAACCUUUUUCAUGUUCAAUCUGCGGUAAAGAUUUUCCUCAAAAGCAGCAUUUCAAAGCACACAUGAGAAUACACCCU